AUGGCUAGUGCUGGAACUUCGGAAAAAGACGAAAAGAAGGUUCGGCUCUGAAUUCUGAUGCAUCUGUAGAGAACUUUUGAGGACGAAGAGGGACCGCCGCCAGUGUCUCCGGGGCCGACUACGAAAGCGAAAGCGCGCGGGAAGGAGGAGAAGAAGAUCGAGCGGAUGGAGCUGUCGGCGCCGCGCGGAGCUUCAAUUCGGGAGACGGGACUGUCGGUUCGCGAGAAGGAGAAGACCGGUCGGAGGGGUCCGAAGAAGCCGUCCGCCGGGAACGUCGACCGGAAAUCGUCGAUGAGAGCGCCGAAGCCGACGGCGGAGAAGUCGAAGCUGCAGAACAGCGAGCAGGGAUCCAAGAUGGCCUUCAACUUUCCCACUCCGUAGGGGUACAUCCAAAAAAGGGACCAUUCUGAGAUUAUGCGAUUUUCAGAAAGAACGAGACAGAACUGGCUGCCUGUCAACUGGAUCCUUCGAUGCAUGCCGUGUGCAAACUCUUCGAGGAGUACAAAGUAUUCCCAUUCUCUCUUUGACUACCUCAUCCUCUUUUUAGAUCGCCCUGCAUCAAAUCCACAACACGCAACUGCUCAUGAUGCGACGUGGCAACGGAACGACCGAUCUGUACCACUUCACCACCGAAAAAGGCUAUUCGGCGCCCGAGAAGCUGUCGAAGCACGUGCUGCAGACGGAGAACUUUUGGAAGACGGACACGAAGCUGCAGCCGGAGAUGAACACGUCCAUCUUCCAGAACACGGAACUGCUGGGCACGCACGAGCGGAUCAUGCAGACGCAGGGCGGCAAUUCGUUCCCGAAGAUCGCACGCUUCAUCCAUUUGCACUAUCCGCGCUACGUGGAACUGAAGAAGGAUCUGGCGAAGGUGGUGAAGAAGUCGCCGGACAACAAGAAGGCGCGCGACGAUCUGACCGCCAAGAUCAAGCGGAUCGUGGACGAGAAGUACACGAGCGGAAAGUCGGCGCAUCUGCUCGAGAUUCAAAACGCGUUCAUGAUCAUGGGCACGUAUCACAAGCAGGCGACGACUCUCUGGUACCAGAUCGCCGAACGAAAACUGCCGAAAUCGGAUCAACGCGGAGCCGUCGAGCUGUUCACGAAGAAGGAGGAGAAGGAGAAGGAGGAGAAGGAUCAGAAGGCCAAGUGAGAUGACGUCACCCGAUUUGCGAUCACUUAUGAUAAUAAAGUGUGCGCGUGUUUGUUUGGCGAACACAUGCUGUGUUGGUUUUGCAUAUUUUCACUGGAAUUGUGUCUGGCAACUGGCAAACGUUUAUUCGGAGAUUAGAGUUGAGCGGAAAUGGAUUUUUAAAAUAAGAAGAGUGCCUAGACUGAAAUGUUAAAGUUGUCGAAGCACUCAUCCAGUUGGUGCAACUGUAAAUGUUGAAAAUGAUUUUCCGAGUUUUUUAUCGGCACCUAGUUGGAUUUUUCGUUAGAAUUUUCAUUUCCAAAAGGCGUCGAAACGGUGAUUUCCGUUUCGAAGAAUUGUAAAGACUGGGGGAUUUUGAAAAGCAAUCAAUUAGCGAAAUAUUCACAUGAACAAUACACUACAAACUCUGAAGAAUCUGAAACUAACGGAUCGUCCUGGCCGAGUCUCAGUCUGAGUUCCUAGCCAAACUUCCAGCUGCUCAAACACCUUGUUUGCCAUGAAAAUGACAUCAUUCUUCACCGAUCUUCACUCGGAAAUCCGUUGAAACUGUAAAAAUAGCAGAUACAUGGAUUUGAUCUCAUAACAAACAAACGGGGAGUGGAGGAACGGAACGGUUCGGUUCGAAACGGCCAGUAGUAGUAGCAGUACAGUUUGAACAGACAUGUCACAAAAUAAAACGAUGAUGCCAUGUAUGGCGGGCAGUGUUUGUGCACCUGCAAAUCGGCAUCGAAUAUAAAAGAAUCUAGUGACUGAAAUCAUCCAUCGAACACCCAUCACUUUUCCGUUUCUAUUGUAGGCGAGUAGCUAAAAGUGAAGCUGAAACCUGAGAGUUCAAGUUGAUAACCACGCACUGUUCCGGAAACUUUCUCUCAAUUCGCUCAAUUCUCAUCAUCGAUUCGAGCCCGAAAGAGUGUGUAAACAUGCGACUGAUAAGCGUGUGAUAUCAUUCGUUUCGGUAAAAUCAAAUGGACAGGCGGUGCUAACUAAUUCUCUGAUAAGCCGCCGACUAUAAGUCUAUAAAUCACGAAGCCCGCUCGUUUCUGCCCAUUUUAAACCGUUUCUUUUUAAAAAUAUUAAUUUUUACCGCAUUUUCAGAAUGCUUCUCAAAUCGGUCGUUCUCGUGAGUGUUCUGGCGGUGCUUGGCCAGACGGCCGUCGUCAAAUUCCUUCCGUUCGUCGACUCGUCGCUUCCGCUCACUUUUCGUCAGGUGAUCGCCGAGGCGGCUCCGAGAGUUCCGGCCAAUUUGGCCUCUUACGCUUUCGCCGUCGAUCUUUCGGUGCCGGCGUCUCUGAGCCAGUUGCAGUGCAUCAAACAGGCCGGAUACUCGGCCGUCUUCAUUCGGUUCGUGCAAAAAAAGUGCUUAAAAUCGUAACAUUUGGCCGUUUCUGAAAUCAUAGUGCUUUUCUUGCCUGCUUGUCACUUGUUUAGACGACAGGUUCGCAAAGAGCAUCUGUGGCGCAGUGGUUCUUUUUUGCAAUUGUAAACUGAUUAUCGCGGUUUCGAAACCCACCGGGCAAAACUUUUUCAGUUUCCGCUUUUCUUUUUCUUGUUAAUUCAAAAAAAAAAAAGACGUGUGACCGAUUAAACAGUAGGAAAAGCACACUUUCAUAUCUACUUUCUGAAACGGUGAUGAUGUUCGCAUUGCAGUGCUUACAAUCCAUCCGGUCAGGGAGCCUUCGACACCAACGCGUGCAACACCAUCCAAAACGCGUACUCUGGUUCGUCCUUUCCAAUUCCUUGACACUCAUUCUGUUUCUGUUCAGCCGGACUCGGCACCGAGAUCUACAUGACUCCGCAGCCGGCGUCGUCGAAGCAGGGAUACCAGCAGUUGGACGAGAUCUAUCAGGGACUCACCGCCAAGGGAAUCACCGUCCGAUCCAUUUGGAUUCAGGUAAACACUUCUGAACAUUCAUUACCACGAACGGUACGGUUCUACAGGUCACUUCGCCAACCAACUGGCCGUCUAACCCGACCACCAACAUCAACUUCAUCAACAGCAUCGUCUCGAGAGCCAGAGUACGUUAAUUUGUUCGAGAUUCUUGUACCGAAACCGCGUAUCAGUACGGUGAACUUUUGAGACGAUUAAAACAUUCGUGGCUGAUAGUGACUAGCGAGUGAAUUCCAACCGGAACACAGUUGUCGAUGUAGUCAACGUGAAACGGAACUCUUUUCAGCAAUACGGAAUGACGGUCGGAAUCUACACCUCCUACUACGACUGGAACCAGAUCACGAACGGCUGGAGCAGCAUCGGAAGCGACGUGCUCCUCUGGUACUGGAACGUGCUCGGCGGUGGCGUCAACGGAGAGACGCCGGCCACUUUCGCCGACUUCCGCGCGUUCGGCUGCUGGACCGCGCCGUCCGUCAAACAGUUCGCGCAGGUCGAGCAAGUGUGCACUCUGACCGUCAACAGAGACGUCUACGCGGCCGGAUCCAUGCUCAAGGCCGCCGACGCGCUCGCCGACGACGGAAACGUCUACGUCGGAGGAUUCAUCAGCGGAAACCCGUAA